AUGUUGGUACGGCCGGACGCCGCUGGAGUAGGGAAAAGGCCAUCUAUUAUAUUACUAAGAAAACUAUUGCCUAUCAAAAAGAAAUACAAAGAGAAAUACAAUCUGAUUGAGAAAACGUGCAUGGCAGUAGUAUGGUCAAUAAAGAAGUUGAGGCCUUACUUUGAUUCCUUCAGGUUCACUUUCAUUUCCAAAAUUGAUCAUCUGAAGUAUUUGCAGAGAAUGCCUACUUUAGAAGGACGGUUGUCCAAAUGGUUAAUUCAGAUGUCUAGUGUGGACGAGGACUUUGUAACAAAGAAAACGAUCAAAGGCCGGGCUGUAGCAGAAUUCCUGGCAGAGAAUCCAAUUACAAGUGAUGAACCUUGGGAAUUGGAAUUUCCAGAUGAGCACCUACUAUGUCUACUAUGUGUCGAAACGGGAGCUUGGAAAUUGUACUUUGAUGGAUCAGCCACCAGAAACGGAGCCGGAGCUGGUAUUGUAAUUGAGGCACCUAAUGGCGAGGUUACCACAAUAUGCAAGAGACUAUUGUUCCCGGUUACUAACAACAUGGCUGAAUACGAAGCAUGCAUCAUGGGGAUGGAGGCUCUCCUUGCAGCCGGUGCUAAGGAGGUUGAGGUAAUAGGAGAUUCUUUAUUGGUUAUUGAACAUGCUAACGAGAGAUGGAAAGUACAAGAAGAAAGACUGAAGCCCUAUGUUGAGUACUUGUUGAAGAAAGCGGCACUGUUCGACAAGAUCACUUUCACUCACAUAGGAAGAACUUAUAACAGAAUUCCAAAUGCCUUGGCAAACUUAGCGUCAGCUUGGCAAGAUUUGAGUAAAGUUCUGAAGAAACCAUUUAUCAUUACCAUAGCCAAUAUCCCGUGCUACAAAGAACAUUUUGUGAACCAGGUAGAAUUGGAGGAAGAACCAUGGUUCACGGAUAUUAUGAGGUAUAUGAAGGACGGUACCUUUUCUGAUGAUGCUACAAAAGAAGACCGUGCAGUUCUCAGGAAAAUGGCUUUGAAUUAUGUUCUAGCCGAUGGCAAACUCUACAAGAGAGCUUGGGAUGGAAUGUUGCUGAGAUGUGUGAGUAAGAAAGAGGGAGAAGACAUAAUGAGGAAGGUGCAUGAAGGAGUUUGCGGUCAUAAUGAGGAAGGUGCAUGA